AUGCUAGGAGGCGGUGGCUCGAACAUCUUGCGGGGUGGCAAGCGCUCGUUCGAGUGCAAGACGCUUGUCGGGAACUUCGUGGAGGAGGCCUAUCGCCCAGGCGCCGUGAAGGACGUUCGCGAUGGAGGCGCCAACUACACCAGCAACACGCGCAUUCAGAUGCAGGAAGGAGCGCGUAUCAAGGUGCAAGAGUUCGGUGCGGGACUACGCAACGUCAACGACACAUCCAACUACAACUACAACGAGCUAGUUGGGGCGGACAAGACGAGAGGAUCCGGGACGUGGCAAUCGAUUUCCCAGUCCUCGUACAGCAAUUCUAGCAAGCCCACAGAGUUCGCUGCGCCGCGGGAAAUGAAGGGGCGGACGAUGCGGGGCGAGGAACUACAGAAGCACCGCGAGCGAUGGAACAAUGAAAGUGAAGCACUCGUCAAGAUCCGCUACGUUACCGACGCCUCUGCAUCCAUGGACCCCAUCGUCAAGCCACAAUUCCGCAAAGAGCUUUGCAAACCGAUUCAGCCCACAUUCAAGUAG